UUCCCUGUUUGCAGCCCAUUCCCCAUUUAGAAGCCAUUUUGGACACAGAUCAGUAACAUGCAUGUAAACCCCGACCGACCUCCCGAUGCAGCGGUGCUACUAUUCAAGUGAAUAACCUCAAAAAGAGCGCUGGGCUUUCGUCUUGGAUGGUUUAGCGGCUUCCCAGUCGGUUUUUGGAUCCACUUCCGACGCGAAAUGCUGCACAUAUGAGCGGGCUGAGCAGUCUGGCAGUCAGUUAAUCGCUCCUAUCUUUUCUUGCAACAUUGUUGCGGCGUCGCGGCUAUUGACACGCGCUGUGGUGGUGGUGGUGGUGGUGGUGGUUAGGCUGCUGGAGGGACCGGAGGCCUGUGGUCGUUUUGAUCCUUGGACUGAUGUUUCGGACAAGCUGAGUUUUAAUGUUCGCGACGGAAAGCCGGGGAAAUAUCUGUCCUGUAUUUAAAACGGAACAUGUCUUUUUCAUGGCUGACUUGUUCACUUCUUCUGGGAACUUUGUGCGCAGGGUACAGUCUGGGCGAAGCAGAGACCCGGGAGUGUGUGUACUACAAUGAUAACUGGCGCACGGAGAGGACCAACCAGAGCGGUUUCGAGCGCUGCGAGGGGGAAAAGGACAAGCGACUGCACUGUUAUGCCUCCUGGCUCAACUCCUCAGGGACCAUCAAGCUGGUGAAGAAAGGGUGCUGGCUGGACGACUUCAACUGCUAUGACAGGCAAGAGUGUGUCUCCAUGGAGGAAAACCCUCAGGUCUUCUUCUGCUGCUGCGAGGGCAACUACUGCAAUGAACGAUUCACCCACCUUCCUGACAUGAUUGGCAGUGGCAACCGAGUGAAAAUCCGGCCUCCACCCCGAGUGCCGUCCCUGCUAAACGUGCUCGUGUACUCCCUGCUGCCUCUCUGUGUGCUGUCCCUGGCCCUCGUCCUGGCCUUGUGGAUGUACCGCCACCGCAAACCUCCCUACGGCCAUGUAGACCUGAGAGAGGAUCCUGGACCAGCUCCUCCUUCCCCCUUGGUGGGUCUGAAACCACUGCAGCUGCUGGAAAUCAAAGCCAGGGGGCGCUUUGGUUGUGUUUGGAAGGCCCAGUUGAUGAGCGAAUAUGUUGCUGUUAAGAUCUUCCCUGUUCAGGACAAGCAGUCGUGGCAAAACGAACGGGACAUAUUCCUGACUCCGGGGAUGCGGCACGAGAACCUCUUGCGUUACAUCGCUGCAGAGAAGCACGGCACCAACCUGGAGACUGAGCUGUGGCUCAUCACAGAGUUUCAUGAGAGGGGCUCCUUGACAGACCACCUGAAGGGUAACACUGUGACCUGGACUGAGCUGUGUCACAUAGCAGAGACCAUGUCCCGCGGUUUGGCUUACCUCCAUGAGGACAUUCCCAGCUACAAGGGAGAGGGGCCCAAACCCACCAUUGCACACAGGGACUUCAAGAGCAAGAAUGUGAUGCUGCGAGACGAUCUGACCGCAGUCGUCGGAGACUUUGGGCUCGCUGUGCGAUUCGAACCAGGAAAACCUCCAGGAGAUACUCACGGCCAGGUGGGUACGAGGCGCUACAUGGCUCCAGAGGUGCUGGAGGGAGCCAUCAACUUCCAACGAGACUCCUUCCUGAGGAUAGACAUGUAUGCUAUGGGCUUGGUGCUGUGGGAGCUGGUGUCCCGCUGCACAGAGACAGACGGUACAGUUUGCGAGUACAUGCUGCCGUUUGAGGAUGAAAUAGGCCAGCAUCCCUCCCUGGAGGAUCUGCAGGAUGUGGUUGUGCACAAGAAGAUGCGUCCAGCCAUCAAGGACUGCUGGCUCAAACAUCCUGGUUUGAGCCAGAUGUGCGAGACCAUCGAAGAAUGCUGGGACCACGACGCAGAGGCGCGAUUGUCAGCCGGCUGCGUCGAGGAGCGCAUCGCCCAGAUCUCCAGGACGAUCAGCAGCACUACCUCAGACAGCCCCGUCUGCAUUGUGACGUCUCUCACCAACGAGGACCUACCUCCCAAAGAGUCCAGCACCUGAACGGGUGACACCAUCUUUCACCCUGAGCUCCUGACUUUAUUUUUUGAAAUCCAAACUCAGCAGAUCUCCGUGAAUAUUUAAAAACGUAAAAAACAACAACAACAACAACAACUAGCAACUUGAAUGCAGCUGCUAUUUUAUCCCAAUACUGGUAUGUUUUUUUGUUUUUCUUUUCUUCAGUUUUUGGUGUUAAAAGUCGGAUCUUACUAACACAUCCAUCUGCUGUAGUUUGAAGUAGUAGUAAGUUAUGCGAUGGGCACAUCUGAUAACACCCAUGUGUCAAAUCUUAAAUGUCGUCAUUACCUCAUGUAUUUCUUUUGUGUUAGUCUAUUUUUAUUACCUCAUGAGUUGUUAUCUUUGUCGUUUUCCUGUCUUGGUCAUGAUCGUCUGCGGCCAAAUGAAACGAACCUUUUGCUCCAAACCUCGGACGACGCGCUGCACACCUCGGAGGAACCAUUUUGAGACUGUUAGACAAAAUAUAUUCAUCUUCCUCAGGGGUUGAAGCUUCUCGAUUUUUAAAACUCGAGUGUGCUCCCUUAUUUUAAACCUGUGAAUGCCUCAGAAUGAAAGGAGAAAAAAAAGAAGAUCAAACCAAGUCGGAGCACAGCUGUUUUAUCGCAAGGGAGGAGCUUAAAAAACGGGAGCUGGGCAGUUGUAUUGGACAUUUUGGACUUUUUGAAGAUUUGGGACAAGCGUCUUGUCCGCGGGGAACUACCUCUCAGGUAUCCAGUAGGCUUCUUUGGAACAUUUUCUCUAAUUUGAGAGCCAAGCUAUCCAGCUAGCUAUCAUGGACAUAUUCCUGGAUUUUAUUUUGUUUUUUAAUUGUAGAAAUUCAGAGUUACUCCUUUGCCAGUGCCAGGGGCAUUGACGGAUGCUGUCUGGAGUUGCAAUGUUACACAUUCUUGAUUUUAACUGUCUGUGUGAGUGAACGAAUGUGUGUGCGCGCAUGCAUGUGAGAGAAUUUGAAGACUAAAUGAUGUGCGAUGGAUAGAGCGUGUUUUUAAAGUAAGAACCAUGGACAGAUAGUUGGGGUUUAUCCUUGCGAGGGCCAUACUUGAGUAAGCAACAUGUCUGUUUUUAAUUUUCAUGGGUGUUUGUUCAAUAGACUCAGUCGGACACCAGUCCCCAGAUACCUCAGUCACUGUACAUCAUGCAAGGAGAGCUCAAAUGGUUGCCUUUGUCUCAAAUGCAAUGCCAUAGUUGUACCAUAACAUGAAUACCAUACAUUGAAUGUCCGUUAUGCUGCUGUGACUAUUCCAGGAUACUCAAGGAUUUGUAGAUGUACAUGUAUUCUUUGUUAAUAUAACGCUAAUGAUAUUAUGUGAGGCUAAUAUUCUGUUUUUGUGUUUUUUGACUGGGUAAGCCCUCAGCUGCUUACUCCUCCAGACUGACCUCAGAUAUUCUGACAAGUACCUCAGGCUUUUUCUACAUGUAUAUCAAGUUGUGUUUAUGUAUUUUAUUGUGUUUUAGUAGUUGAUAUAUUUUAUUGUCGGUCAGGCCUCUUUGUCUGUGGAGAUUUUUUUAAAAAUAGAGCCUGACCAGUCGUCACGGUGUUAAUGCUGUACAAACGGAAAAAGAAGAGAGGCAGAUUCUUGUAAAUAGACCUGUACACACAGUUGCCGAACACUGAUCUGUUUUUUAAAAAUACGAAAAUCAGGGCAUUAUCGUUCUCAUUUUCACAGAAACGGAAAGGGAUUCCUCAGUUCCACUAAAACAUAUUUAAAGGUCGUUUUGACAACUAGCCCUGUGAUUUUUUUUCUUUUUAAAUAUAUAUAUAUAUAUACAGUAUAUAUAUGAUUUUUUUUCAAGAGUGGUGGUUGUGUUACUGAUUUCUAUGAAUAACGGUAUCAGUUCCUCUGAAUCAGAAGCUGUGUAGGUAGCACUCGCAUUAGAAAGCUUAGUGUGUGUAUCAUCGAAAUACAGACAAAAAAAAGAAAAACAAAUGAAAAAAAAAAAAAUCCCUGAUGGUUUUGGUGCUGGCGGCUUCUGUGAUUGGCCACUUGCUGGAGAUGCCAGUUUGAACAGUAUUACCUCAAUAUUAACCCGCUGAUGUGAUGUUCAGAUCCGAGCCCUGUUCUUCGUACGUGGAUGACUGAAUUAUCCAGGUUAGAGUGUUAAUUUGAAGCAAGUCUGGAUUUUUUUUUGGUUCUUUAAAGGUGUUGUCAUAGCAACAAGUCCUUAUGAUAAGCUUCCUGAUAGUUAGCUGGAUCAUAUCCAAGACAUUUUGGGACGAAACCCACAUGUUUGAAAUGAUUUUCUUAGAUUUAUAAUGACAGAGGGUCGAUGAGAAUGUGCAUGUUCUCGUAAAAUUACUAUAAUCUGUUGGUGUAAUUAUCACAAGUGGAUUUUUUUUAAUGAAGAUUACCUGUACUUAAACAUAAUAAAAUGUACAACACAGAAAGUUUGCACCAGCAUCACUUGUAAUCUCACUACAUUUACUUGUAAUAUCUUAAUGUUUAAGAGUGAUCAAAGUGUGGACAAGUACAGCAAGUACAAGGAAAUCAUAUAAGAUGAGACUUACGCAGCAGUACAUGCUGGUAGGGUUUCUAACACACCUACCUCGUGUAACCGUAAUCCCAUGAUCGUGUGAUCGCUGAUCAUGGUUUCAACUCAUUUUGCCUUCAUUUCAAAAGGUGCUCACACUGUUUUUUGAGAGAACUAAAUCCAGGAUCAACAAAUCCACCUUCAAACUGCUUUCAAAGAACCAAAAAAAAACUGUAAAGCCGUGUUAUUUAGCCUCAUGUUAGCCUGACUUACUUAAGCCACGUGUGAAGAACAGGGCUCUGUUUGGUGAUAGUUAAACCACGUUGGACAACACACAGGCUCAUCUGUUGUGCUUCGAUUAGUGCUGUGGAAAGAUGGUGAUUUUAACAGUGGUCUGUAACGCUUGCUCCUGUGCAGUUUUGGUGAAGAAUGUGUGGGAGAAAAAAAAAAGAAACAUCAAUCCAUACAGAAUAAUGUUUUCAGUGUUUUGGGAAAUCAUCAAUGUGUCUAUAACUACAUGAUUGAUAAUGCAGCCCCAUUGGGAUUCAUGUAAAAUCGUGGCAUGUGCGUGGUCCAAGAGUCCAGCAAUAUUUAUUAUACAGCAAUAGUCACUUGAAUAUCAUAGUUUAAGUAGUUAAACUCAGCUGUGACUUAGCAGGUUUCCUCUGCGGAUCAAUAAAGUACAUCUCAUCACACCUGGAUCAUGUUCUGAUGAGGACACGUGUUCCCAAAAAAAAACAAACAAAAAAAAAAACCCAGAUAGAAGACAAUGCUGUGGGUUGAAUUUUUUUGUGUGUGAGCUGAACGUGACCCAGGUGCUUUCACGUAUUGUGCCAGGAAAACCAACGCAUUGCGAAGGCAAAAUCUGCCGCGAGCGUUCGUUACCUCCAAAAUGCUGUCUUACACCCAGCUCUUCUGAACAGAAAAACCAGUUACCUCAUGCAGUACCUCGUUAGUAACACUAACAUGGAGUCGGUCUCAUCUUCAAGAAAAAAAAAAAAAAAAAAAGGAAAAAAAUAUCAAUUAUCGUGUAUAUAUUUACUUGACAAAUGUAAAGGGUUUCUUCCUUUUCAUGUGUGAAUCUUGUGAAAGCAAAAUCCUUUUUUCUUUUUGAUUUACAGUCGACAUAUUGUUCAUUUGUCAUUGUCUUGAGUGGAUGUUGGAACCGUGUGACCUUCCCUGUUUAUGUGAACUGUGUGUGUGCGGUGUGCGUGUGCCUGUAUGUUGGUUUGUUUCACUAAAACAGUACGAAUGGUGACUUUAUCUGUGAGUUGAAAUGCUUAGAAAUAUAAACUAGAUGAGAAUACAUCCAUCUUUUUGUAUAUUGAAAUAAAGACAAACACUGAUUAACCAUGUAAA